AUGCCUUCUCCCGCCUCAAAUGACAGCAACUCCAACGGUACAACCAAUGGAAACCACUCCACAGCCAACCGUGACAACGAGAAUUCACAUCCCUCACCUGCCUCUUCUUCUUCCUCAGCCUCAGAUACAGAGCCAGAGCGGAAAUCGAGGGCAGACCGUCCCCGCAUCGCCAGCAGAAAACCCAGCGCUUCGAUACUUGUACCCCGUGACCACCCUGAGAUCGAGAUAGAGAAGGAAGAGUUCCCACCAGAUGAUGCUCGUGCGAUGAGUCCGCGAAGAAAUUCGGCAGAUGUCGAGAAGUUGGGCACACAAGCUAGACAUACACUCCAGGAGCAAGCAAAGACACUGCAGUCGUCUUUACAGGCGCUGGCUGAACGAAUUGAUGAGGUCAAAUCAGAUCACGAUAAGCUGGAGAACGAAAAUCGCUUCCUACAGGACUAUAUUGGUGGUUUGACCAGGACCAUGUCCACAAAGACCGAACUUACCUCGACCAGCGGCGCAGGCAAGGGGAAGAAGUCCCAGAAGUAA